AUGUCCUCAGCUGUGAUCACAUCGUCGACUACAACCACAGAGAGAAGGGAGACAGACAGAUACUGGAAGACUCCCUCCUCCCCGGGUGUGGACUCCGCCCCUUUACAGCGUACAGGAAGCCAUGGCAACGCCCCGGGAAACUACAGCCGUGGGACCAACAACUAUGCCACCGUGGGACCAGGCUACACCUCCAGCGUGAGCAGCAGCGAUGUCUACGGCUCGGAUCCCUACGUGGCGGACCCCUACCGGACCCUCCAGUACUGCCCCUCUGUGGUGGAAUCGCCCUAUAGCAAGUCAGGGCCCGCUCUGCCGCCCGAGGGAAGCCUGCAGCGCUCGCCUUCCAUCGACUCCAUCCAGAAAGAUCCCAGAGAGUUUGGCUGGAGAGACCCGGAGCUGCCAGAGGUGAUCCAGAUGUUACAACACCAGUUCCCCUCAGUGCAGUCCAACGCCGCCGCCUACUUACAGCACCUCUGCUUUGGGGACAACAAGAUUAAAGCUGAGAUUCGAAGACAAGGGGGUAUCCAGCUUCUCGUGGACCUGCUGGACCACCGGAUGAGUGAAGUCCACCGCAGUGCUUGUGGAGCGUUAAGAAAUCUGGUUUACGGCAAAGCGAACGAUGAGAACAAAGUGGCUCUGAAGAACUGUGGAGGAAUCCCAGCUUUGGUGCGUCUCUUGAGGAAGACUGGAGAUGUGGAAAUCCGAGAGCUUGUAACAGGGGUCUUGUGGAACCUUUCGUCAUGUGAUGCUCUGAAGAUGCCAAUCAUCCAAGACGCCCUGGCCGUUCUGACCAACAGUGUCAUCAUCCCCCACUCCAACUGGGACUCCUCUCCCAAUCACCACGAGGACCGCAAGCUCCACCUCCACACGUCCCAGGUGCUGCGCAAUGCAACAGGCUGCCUCAGGAAUGUAAGCUCGGCUGGAGAAGAGGCGCGGCGGAGGAUGAGGGAGUGCGACGGGCUGACAGAUGCUCUGCUAUACGUCAUACAGACCUCUCUGGGCAGCAACGAGAUCGACAGCAAGACUGUAGAGAACUGCGUUUGCAUCCUAAGAAACCUAUCCUACCGGCUGGCCGCUGAAACCUCCCACGGACAACAGGGGGUGAUAGAGGACCUAGACGGGUUGCUGUGUGACGUCAAUGGAAGAGAUGGAGAGAGCUCUGGUUGCUGGGGCAAGAAGAAGAAGAAAAAGAAGGGAGCCGAGCAGUGGGACGGCGUGGGCCCUUUUCCAGACACUCUUGAGCCCCCUAAAGGCGUCCAGAUGCUGUGGCACCCCACCAUCGUGAAGCCCUACCUCACCUUACUGUCAGAGUGCUCUAAUCCCGACACGCUGGAGGGAGCAGCCGGGGCACUGCAGAACCUGGCCGCAGGAAGCUGGAAGUGGUCUGUGUACAUCCGAGCAGCUGUGCGUAAAGAGAAGGGCCUUCCCAUCUUAGUGGAGUUACUGAGGAUAGACAACGAUAAAGUGGUUUGUGCUGUGGCCACGGCGCUCCGGAACAUGGCUCUGGACAUCAGGAACAAGGAGCUCAUUGGUAAAUAUGCCAUGAGAGACUUGAUCCAUCGGUUACCGGGCAGCAGCAUCAGUAACAACAACACCACCAGCAGUGCCACAUCGGUGAACGCCAACUCUGCCGGUAAGGCCAUGUCCGACGACACGGUGACCGCCAUCUGCUGCGCACUGCACGAAGUCAUCACAAAGAACAUGGAGAAUGCCAAAGCCUUACGGGACGCUGGGGGGAUCGAGAAGCUCAUCGGGAUUGCGCGCAGUAAAGGGGACAAACACUCAGCUAAAGUGGUGAAGGCAGCCUCUCAGGUGCUCAGCAGUAUGUGGCAGUAUAGAGACCUGCGCUCCCUCUACAAGAAGGAUGGUUACUCUCAGUAUCACUUUGUGGGAUCUGCUUCAACGAUAGAGAGGGACAGGCAGAGGCCUUACUCAUCGUCGCGGACCCCCUCUGUCUCUCCUGUCAGGACGUCUCCAAAUAACCGCUCUGCGAGCGCCCCAGCCUCCCCCCGAGAGAUGAUGAGUCUGAAGGAACGCAAGAUGGACUACGACUCCACCGCGACCAACGCCGGUUUCCAUAGCAGCAAGGGAGAGCACACGUCCCGCAAAGACGGCAUGGCAGUUCAAAUAUCCUGUGGGACGUCUACGCUAUUCAGAAACUCCUACCUGACGACCAGUGAUGAUAUCAAACAAAACCAGCCUCAGCCGCCGCAGCCGCCUCCUCACAGCCAGAGCCGCAGCUUUGACGAGGCCUUCUACGACGACCAGGGUCCCCCGCCGCCACAGCCACCGUCCCAACCGCAACCCCAGGUCCCGGCACAAGCUCAGCCCCAGGCCCAACCCCAGCAACCCCCCAACUCUACCGGACCUCCGCGCGACCCGAGAGAGGACCUGCGAAUGCACCUGGGGCUUAAAUCCACGGGGAACUACGUAGACUUCUACUCAGCCUCUAGGCCGUACAGCGAACUGAACUACGAGACCAGCCACUACCCGGCCUCGCCUGACUCUUGGGUGUAA